AGAGAGAGAGAGAGAGAAGGCGACCCGAGUGGGGGUAACCUCUGAAGGAACCUUGAGAAGAACACUUCCCUUUGGCUUAAGUCAGGAAUGAAAUUGCACAGCACUCACAAGAAAUAAGUUGGAGAAAUUAUAUUUCAAGCUCCAUAGCUGUGUAUUCAAGGAGGAAAGGGAGGAUUGUGUUGUAAACAGUGGGGCUUGGUAAUUUAUUUAUUCAAAUGGACUAGAGCAAUACAAAGACUGAGAAGAGGAAAUCAGGAGAACAUAUCUGUGACCUUCUGGCAUAAUAAUAGAAUCAUAAAUGUAAAAGAAUGGAAAAUAGAAUGGAGAAGCGACAUAGCUGUAUGGACUGUGGGAAAUGUUUCACUGCGAGAAGUUCUCUUACUACACAUCAACGAACUCACUCAGGAGAGAAGCCAUAUAAAUGCGUAGAAUGUGGAAAGAGCUUCAGUCAGAGUGGAGAUCUGCGUAUCCAUCAAAGGACCCACACAAGGGAGAAGCCACAUAAAUGCAUUGAAUGUGGAAAGAGCUUCAGUCAGAGUGGAGAUCUGCGUAUCCAUCAAAGGACCCACACAAGGGAGAAGCCACAUAAAUGCAUUGAAUGUGGAAAGAGCUUCAGUCAGAGUGGAGCUCUGCGUACCCAUCAAAGGAACCACACAGGGGAGAAGCCAGAUAAAUGCGUGGAAUGUGGAAAGACCUUCAGUCAGAGUGGACAUCUGAGUAUCCAUCAAAGGAUCCACACAGGGGAGAAGCCACAUAAAUGCAUGGAAUGUGGAAAGAGCUUCAGUGAAAGUGAGACUCUGCGUAAGCAUCAAAGGAUCCACACAGGAGAGAAGCCACAUAAAUGCAUGGAAUGUGGAAAGAGCUUCAGUCAGAGUGGACAUCUGCGUAUCCAUCAAAGGACCCACACAGGGGAGAAACCACAUAAAUGCAUGGAAUGUGGAAAGAGCUUCAGUGAAAGUGGGACUCUGCGUAAGCAUCAAAGGAUCCACACGGGAGAGAAGCCACAUCAAUGCAUGGAAUGUGGAAAGAGCUUCAGUCGCAGUUGGAGUCUGUGUUCCCAUCAAAGGACCCACACAGGGGAGAAACCACAUCAAUGCAUGGAAUGUGGAAAGAGCUUCAGUGGAAGCAGGACUCUUCGUAACCAUCAAAGAACCCACACAGGGGAGAAGCCACAUAAAUGCAUGGAAUGUGGGAAGAGCUUCAGUCACAGUGCGAGUCUGUGUAUCCAUCAAAGAACCCACACAGGGAAGAAGCCACAUAAAUGCAUGGAAUGUGGAAAAAGCUUCAGUCAGAGUGGAGAUCUGCGUACCCAUCAAAGGAUCCACACAGGGGAGAAGCCACAUAAAUGCAUGGAAUGUGGAAAGAGCUUCAGUCGGAGUGGACAUCUGCAUACCCAUCAAAGAACCCACACAGGGAAGAAGCCACAUAAAUGCAUGGAAUGUGGAAAGAGCUUCAGUCGGAGUGGACAUCUGCAUAUCCAUCAAAGAACCCACACAGGGGAGAAGCCACAUCAAUGCAUGGAAUGUGGAAAGAGCUUCAGUCAUAGUGGGACUCUGCGUAUCCAUCAAAGAACCCACACAGGGGAGAAGCCACAUAAAUGCAUGGAAUGUGGAAAGAGCUUCAGUCAGAGUGGACAUCUGCGUAUCCAUCAAAGAACCCACACAGAGGAGAAGCCACAUAUCGUAUAUACUUGAGUAUCAGCCGACCAAAUAUAAGGGGAGGCACCUAAUUUUACCUCAGUAAUUGGGAAAACUUAUUGACUUGAGUAUAGUCCGAGGGUGGGGAAUGCAGCAGCUAUUGGUAAAUUUCAAGAAUAAAAAUAAAAAUAGAUAUCAAUAAAAUUACAUUAAUUGAGGCAUCUAUAGGUUAAAUGUUUCUGAAUAAUUGCAUAAAACUGUAAUUUAAGAUAAGUCUGUCCCACUCUGAUUAAAUCAUUAUUCUAACCUUCUUCAGUGUAAAUGUGCUUACGUAUCCUUCCAAUGAUAAUAAAUAGGGUAAAAAAGUAAAUGUAAUGAUAGCUUGAAAUAAUAAGUGUAAUAAUAACAAUGAUAGCAUAAAAUAAUGU